AUGAUUGAGGCUGCGAAAAAUAUUGCGUCACAUCCUCUGCUACAAACUUGUAACUUAGAUCAAUACAAACACAGAAAGCUGAGCCGUAUAUGUGGUCUUUUGCUUCUGCCUACACUUUCGAUGAACUAUAAAUACUCAACGUAUUUCCCUAAAUUUACUUUGAUAAUCAAUCACGACAAGAACCGCAUAUAUAUCAUGAAUUUACAACAUACCGAAGGCUGGAAAGCAGUUAGUGGUGUUCAACUUGGGGUUUUCUUACUUGCUUUUGGUGCAUUUAUUUAUGUCACAUUUAUUCAAAUCAAAAAAGGUUUCAAGCUCAAGACAGUUUUGCCAUUCUUCAUUCUUAUGAUUAUCUUCAACGGUGUCAAAAUUGCUGGUGGAAUACUUGGUUUGGUAUUUCUUGGGAACAAAAAGUUCAAUAAUAGUUUGUUCAUUGCUACGUAUAUUUGUGAUUCGAUCAGCUUGGGUUUCAUAACAAGAGCCAUCAGUUCAUUAGUUCAGGGUAUAAUUGCAAACAAAUUAGAAAACUCCCCAAAUGGCGCUAACAACAAUGAGGUUGAUACGGAUAGUAGAAGCGAUGGGUCUGUUAGGGGAUUCCCAAAGGGUCCAGAAGAUGAAGAGUCUGCAACUCAUUUCAAUGCUACUGAUGAAUCGACCACCCCUUACACUAAUAUUUUGAGCAGGUUGGACAAUUUGAAAAAAGCGCCCUUUAGGAUUCUCACACUCAUUUUGAUUGCUGCUGUUAUUACAAAUAUUAUCGGAACAAGUCAGUUGGAAAGUGAUGAUCUGUCGUCAAAUUCAACCGAACAGACUUUGAUCAAAGUAUCAGCAGUGCUUUUUGUUGUUGGUGUUGCGGGGCUCAUUGCUGUGUUGAUUUAUAUCUCAGUGGCUGCUGCACAUUGCGCUUUUAUUUCACAAUUAUUGAUAGCUGCGUUGGUGGUGUUGAUUGUUCGUUGUGUUUACUCAUUAGUAAGUGCUUUCCAUGGUAUUAACUUUAGUUCACCAAGCAAAUAUAUUUUGAUGUUUGGUAUGCCGAAGUAUUAUGGAUGCUUGGCUUUGCUUCCGGAGAUUGUUUCUGACAUCAUUCUAGUAGUUGCUUAUUACAAGUGGUAA